UCUGAUAACAUGUGUUCGGUAAGCUAAACGGGAAAUCAACAACGGUAUUCGGCUUUGUUUUGUAGUUGUGCAUAGUGGCCGGUUUUUUGCUGCAUUUGUUAAACAAAACAAAAGAAAGAAAAAUAGGGAGAGAUAGUGAACUAAUACAUGUUUUUUUGUAUCUGAGGAGCAACAAACAACUAUUUUUCUUGAAAAAUUUAAGUGUGUAUGUCAGUAUAAGAGUUUUGUAAAUUCUUUGUUAGAACGAAAAAUAAUCCGUCUACAAUUCUGCCACAAAUCAUUCUGCUUUUGAUCCACUUACAACAACUACAACAUCGCCAGCAUUAGUAGCCGUCGUAAUAACAACAACAAUAAACGUACACAUAUUUUAUAGUUGUUGGUAUUUGUGAUAAUAACAACAACAAUGAUUGACUGUGUAUCUGUGUUAUUGAGUGAGUGAAUGCCUCUCUGCUCAUUGACAUUCUGAAUCAUCUGUUUGAAAAAAAAGAAAUGAAAUGAGAAACAAGAAAUAACAAUGAAACGUAACGAAAAAUAAAAAAAAAAACAGUGGGUAUGUUCGUUGUACAUAAUAAAUAAAAAAAAAAUAAAAUAAAAGAAAUAAGUUUCACCCAUAAUUGAUAAAAUAAAGAAAUUAUUCUUUAUAGCAGGGAAACUGAAGUAAAAAAAAUCAUAAUCAAGACAAACGAUAAGAAAUUGGCCAAAUUUUGGAUGAGAAGUCAAGCAGUUGACAUAAAUCCCACUCUCGUUAAGUAGAAAAAAGAGCCAUUAGUAUGCCAUUAGCAAUGUAUUGUUGAAUUAGAAACAACAAAAAAAACCUUCAAAACCCGCUUCAAUUGAAAACGUGAGAAGUGUUUUUGAAUUAGAAGAAGAAGCAGAGUUAAAACUAAAAAUCGCUGUCACACGAGUUACACUGAGGUGGUGGAGAGACCCACUUAAGAAACGAGGUAAUUAAAAUGAAGCAGUUUCAACAUUCUUCUUUAUUAUAGAUAACAAAGCCAGCUAAGAAAUCAACAUUAAAGUGGGUCCCUGGCCAUGGAUAGCGACCAAACGGUACGUCCGGUACCGGCACCGCGGCGUCUCUAUCCGGAAUUGCGUAAAAGUGAAUAUGAAAAUGUUGCCGUAGAACUUAUCAAUAAAAAUCUCAACAUUAAAUCGGAAAAUCUUCAGAAUAAUGUCAACAACAAUGAGAAGGUACCAAACAACAAGGUGUUCCUAUUGUAUCCCACCCUGCCCGAUGAUGAGGAUAUAACGCCUACCAAUUAUAAUCACAAGUCGAUAUUAACGCAGACCAAUGAUUUAUAUGGGCCAAAUGCUAAUGAGAAUGUUCCCAUUUACGCUACACCAAAACCAGCGCCGCGUCCAAGAAAACCACAAAACAAUGAAAUCCAAGCAUAUGAAAACACAGUCAUUGUAUCGUCACCGGGAACAUCGUCACAACAGCAUUCACAACAACAAACUCUAAAUGUCUUGGAUAGUUCGAAGGGUGCCAUUAAUAAGACACCAAAUGCCUCACCCAUACAGGUUGCGAGGCGUGCACCUGAAUUGCCACCGAAAACCUACUUGAAUUCCGAUCGUGAAAUGGAACGCCACCGUAGUUAUUCCAUAUCGAGCGAAAUCUCAACCACAAGCAGUAGCUUUAAUAUCACCCCUCCUGAAUUGAAGGAUACAAAUUUCAAGCGUGAUAAGCUGAACAAGUCGUCGAUGAGUUACCGGUCAUCGAACUCCUCACUGACCGAUUCCAUUGAGAGCUCGGACAACAGCAAAUACAAGUCACCAUCUCCAGGGUAUGUAAAGGGCGAUAAUGACAAUGAAAGCAAUGACUUAAAUGAAAUUUCCGAUCAUUCCCAUGAUGAUAAUAAUGACGAUGAUGAUGUGGAUGGUGAGGCAAUUGGGAUUGUAGAAGAAGACUGUAUUCCAAAUGCCAUUGUGGACAGUGAUAAUGACCUCUUCAAAUCGCUGGGUACCACCUCGAAACUGUUGACCGAAUCGAUAGGGGAGCGCAUGGCGGUAAGGGCAAAGGGGGCCAGACAUAAGUUGGAUAAAAAUCUCAAAUCAUCCACGGAGGCCUUCAAUACCAUCAGUGCUGAAACCACCCAACGCCUGAAAAAGUUGGGAGCCAACUUCACUCUGAACAAGAAAGAAAAGACGGCUACAGCAGAAUUCCAUAUGGAUAGACCGCAAACCCUGCCACCAAAUGAUCAAGUCUUCAAUGGCAUAACGUUCACCAGUCCUCUGUCGAAUAAGGCCAAGGGCAUGUAUGACUUGAGGCAACAGCAGCAGGACUUGGAUAAUUCCUAUGAGGUGCCUCGUAGUGUAAGGGUAAACAAAUUGGAAGAUAAAGAAAAUGAGCUGCAACCACCUUCGUACAAUGAGGCGGUGCAAUCCUCACCCAACAUUUCAUCAUCAUCAUCGCCGGUCAAUACAAAGCGCACUGGCACCAAUCCUUUGGCCUUGGAAGCCGCCAAUAAGGUUUUGUUGAAACGUUCACAGAACUCAUUGUCAGCCGAAAGUUCGGAUACCAACUCCAGAGACUCCAUUGACUUACCCUCACCUCCUAUGCCUUCCACACCAGCUCCUGUGUUACCCAAAGAAUUUGCGGAUGGCCAGGAGUCGCCCUAUGGAAAAUUAAACCCCAUCCAGCCACCAGUACGCCAUAAGCGAAGAAAAAACUAUGAGGAGAUACAGCUGCGAAGGAAUAUAACCGAGAGCGGCAACACAGCUCUAAGACCCAACAUUGACUCCUCCGAAUUGCUGGCCCUCAAUGUGGCUGCAGCCCAAGCAGAGCGUGAGGAAUCUUUGAUAUUAAGAGAAAAACUUAAAAAAGAGGAGGAGAACACUCCCCAACCAGAUCGUAGCAACUCUUGGGAAUACCAUGAGGAUAGUGUGGAAAAUGCUGAUUCGUCAGCCUCUUCCUGCUCCCUUGAGGAGGAAGAUCCGAUAUAUGCUAAUCAGGAUGUUACCUAUGGCAAUGUCUUUGAGAUGGCCUCCAGCAAUAAGGAUAUUUUAACUCCACGCAAUGCUUUAAUACAAAUAUCCGAGGAAGAGUCCUUGGAUGAAAGUGAUAUGGGAGCUGUUGGCGGAUGUAUGGUAAGAACAAAGGCUCCCCAUGAAAUCAUAGAAGAGUUUGAUCCUCUGGCUCACCGAAGAGUCACAACUCUAAGUCGUACGGAUAAGUCCAAUCAAUUAUUGCUGCUGGAAUAUCUGCUCGAAGAAGAUACCUAUGGCAGUGUGAAUGGCCAAAGUUGCGCCAAGUCCGAUGAUGAUAUUAGCAUGUGUACUUCGGAGGAAGAUAAUACCCACAUGGCGAUUGAGGCUGGACGUGUAAAGGUACUACCCACACCCUCCAAUUUACCCGACAAGCCAGAAAAACCCUCAACUUCAUCGUCGGCCACUGCCGCCUCUGCAGCCAAACCUUUGCAAAUUGUCCAUCAAAAUGCCCAAUUGCUCUCUGAUAGUCGAGAAAAUAUGCUAGACAAUGACUUUGAGGCCAGAGUCAAACCUUUUCUAAGUCGGGUUGAUGAAAAUCCCACCACAGCUAAUGAGGUAGAUUUGCGCAAGCCUUCACAAAAUCGCUCACAAUGGUUUGUGGCCGAAGAGAGUCAAACGGCAAAUUCCCCACAAUCGCGUUCGAAUCCUUUCAACAAACCCAACAUAGAAGGUGGUGAAUGUCCACCUUCCUACCUGGAAGCCAUAGGGGAAAGCCCUGAGAAAGGCUCGAAUGCAACACAACAAAAAACUAACUCCUCCUCCGCAUCUCACCGUACGGCACGUUUUAUGAAUAACACAAUGAGUGUAUUUUCCAAUGUGAAAUUUCAUGUCGAUGCUUUGAAACGCAAGGCCAGCUUUAAGACUCCACAAAAGUCCCCAGAUGUCAAGGUCACUUUGCAAAUGAUUCCCCGGCCCAGUCUUUCCCCUUUGCUGGUGCGCUAUGAGGGUCCUUUGAUACGUUUUCCCUCGGGCGUUGUUGAGGACAUACUGAAAGAGAUGCAAAAUCGUAAGGCCAUCUUAAAGGAUCGUCAAUUCCAAACAUUCCUCGAUCAGGAGAUGAAAACUCCCAAGGAAGCCAUAUCACUCGAAUACAUGACCACACUCCAAUGCGUUAGUAACAGUCGGGUUACUGACAAUUCCACGCAUUUCUAUUGUUUUGAGAUAACCACGGCUGUGCCGAAAAAUGGCGGUGGUUCCUCGAAUAGUGUUCAGCAAUUAUCAAAUCCCAAUUUGAUAAUCACAUCCAACUCGUCGGGCAAUAUUAAAUAUCAACGUGUUUGCCAUUUGUAUGGUGUGGGAAAAGAAUCGGAAAGAGGAAUUUGGAUGCAAAAGCUUUUGGAGAGUUUAACGAAUGCCGUUCCAGUCAAAUAUAUGUGUCAGUAUUAUAGAGCUGGAUGGUGUUAUUUGAAGAACUCCAUAACAUCAGAGUGGAGUGGCACUUGGUUGAUAUUGAAGAAACCCCAAAGGCGUUUGAUAUUUGUUAGCGAAGCUACUGGAAAUGUAGAAAAAAUGGAUUUAAGAAAAGCUCGCUGUAUAGUUCUUAAGGACAGCGAUGAGACGAUAAAAAAUCUACAUGUUGAAUCCGGUCCAAUGUUGAUGAUUGAUGCACCACCCUUUACCGUCUACAUGAUAAUGAGUUCGCCGAGAGAGACCAAGAUUUGGCGUCAUAUCAUACGUGAAGUUGCCCACAACAAUGGUUUUACUCUUGGAGAUCAGCAAUUGACAAAAUUCAAUGUGCCUGUAAUUGUAGAUAAAUGCAUAAAUUUCGUCUAUAUCCACGGUUCCAUGUCGGAGGGCAUUUAUCGCAAAUCGGGUUCCGAAAAUUCCAUAAUGAAAUUGAUGUCAGCUUUCCGGGCCGAUGCAUUUAAUGUGGAAAUCACUCGCAAUGAGUAUAAUGAACAUGAUGUGGCCAAUGUCUUAAAGCGAUUUAUGCGUGAUCUACCCGAACGUCUUAUGGGCAAACUGUCGGAGAGUUUCAUAUGUGUUUCCGAGCUAUCAACAUCCGUGGAAAAGAUUCCCCUAUACAAGGAAUUGCUGGCACGCCUGAAUGUUAUCGAACGUGAGACACUUAAAAAAAUUGUGGGACACUUGGCUUUCAUAAGUUCUCAAAAGGCCAAGAAUAAGAUGAGCAUACAAAAUUUGACCAUGAUAUGGGGGCCAACGCUAAUGCAAAACCAUCAGUCACAGGAAGAGAUGGUCUAUUCGCAGAAGGAAGCUGAUGUGUUUGCGGAUUUGAUAAAUUGUUAUAAGAAUUUAUUCCCUCUAAGCCCCGAUGAAAUGGUUAGUAUGUGGUUCGGCUGGAAAGCUAUUUAUAGUGAAGAGUAUCCCAAUAAAAGGAGAAUAUUACAAAAUGCCAAAAAGGAACAGGAAAUGCUUUUGUGCCUGCAGAAGUAUUAUGCAGCGGCGGAAUCCUUAUCGGAUUCAGUUAAGAAGUCAGGCGAUCUUAAAAUGUGGAUAACUCUUAAUCCAAAUCCCGAAAAUACCACAGAGGAAAAGACUCAAGUCAAUGUCACCAUCUCACCCACAAAGACUGCCUAUGAAGUUUGCAAAGAACUUGCCCUUAAAAUGAAACUCUCCACCCACCAGGUUACAUUGCACGAAGUCAUUUGCAAUGGCAAUCUGGAGAGGCCCCUCCAUCAUGAUACCAAAGUGUUCGAUGUUGUUCUCAAUUGGUCCUAUUGGCCCGAAGAUGAUCGUAAAAAUAAUAUUUUGGUUGCUAAGCCCUUGGAUGUCUUGAACGAAGUACAGAGGGCUGUGAAAAAUUUGACCACAGUCACUCCUGGCAAGGAGUUGAAAUUUGCCGACAGCAAAACUAAAUCUUUCAAAGCCUAUCAAUGUGAUCUGCGUGAUGGAAAAAUUGUUAUAUCCAAAAAGGAUAAAAAUGACAAGACUACAAUUGUGCGAGAAAUAUUCCUGCACAGCACCACCGCCUAUUUGGGAUGUGAGAAGAAACGUGAUUUCCCUUGGAGUUGGGCGAUAACAUUUGUAGAGAAGACCCAAACACAAAUAAUGAGAUCUCGGGAUUCCCCUUUUAUUGGUCAUGUUUUGGCCGGAUGUGAGUGGGUAGAUCGAACAAUAUGGUAUUCCAGCAUCUGGUAUUGUUUGCAUGGCGAUAGUAUUUUACCACCAGCAGAAAUUAUAAUAAAAUAAAAAUAUAAAUAAGAUUGAUAUAAAAAAUAAAUUCAUUCACAUAUAAAAGUUAAUUAAAGCAAAAUAACUGCAUCAUAACCAUCAUAGGGAUUAAGGUUAAUAAUUUUCCAUAGUUAUUUAAUUUUGGCAUAUAGGCAAGAAAAAGUAAUGCUAAACUAAAAUCUAUUUAAAACUAGAACAUUUUUAGAAACCACAAAAAUGUGUCAAUUAUUGUAAAUUUUGCAUUUUUAGAUAAUUAGAAAAAAAAUAUCACAAGUUCUCAUGUCAUGUAGUAAUCACUACACUUCACCCAACAAGUCUGGAACUUGCCUACUUUCAAGGAUUAUCAUUCCUUCGAAUGUAAAUUAGAAGAAAAAAAAUUCCAAUAUAAUUUGUAAAGAAAGAUUCCACCACAUGUUUGUAUGGACCUGAAGUUCUGCAGACUUAUAUUUUUCUUCAAUAAGAGAUCAAAAAUAGUUGUUGUUAUUUAAGUGUUUAGAGUACGAAGCAUUUUUAUUAGGCACUAGAUAUUAUACAAGAAUAAUUUUUAUGUUUUAAUUUUUUAAAGUUUACAUACAUUAACUUAACUGCAAUUU